GACGCUGUUUUUGGCGGCAUUUCCACACGACCUGGUCACGAAAAUCAACUCUUCUCCUCCCCAAACACCCCGUAAUGCCAAGCGCAUGUGACUCUGUCCAUUAUCAGUUUCUUGAGUUUCAUGAAUUUAGAAAUCGGGAUCCCGUUUCUGCACUCAACUCAUCCCAACUUUCCAAUAUGCUCUGCCACCCUCUAGCCGCUACAGUCGGCAGCAUCCAAAAAUGAUCGCAUACAAAAGCCUACCAUGCGCUGCCAUGCCCUUCAUCCUCUCAUCCCAUCCCUUCCUACCUGCUUCCACCUUCCCUUCUCCGGUAUCCCUACGGAUUCGCUCUCUCGUAUGCCGCCAUACUCCCGGCUGGUCUUACCUUUCUUUCGCCUCUCUUUUCACUUUCUCUCUACCCGUGCUUCGCCAUGGGAAAGAGGGCGCUUCCUGCCGCCGACGCAGAGGAGCACCAGCACUGGACUCGGCCUAUCCUCUGCGAUGAGACCCGAGCGAGGCUCGAGCACUUUCGAAGCUUCGGACACCUUCCUCCAAACUUCAAGCCUAAAACACUUCAGGGUAUCGCCGUAGUGGAGAGAUAUUGGCGCAGGUACUGCGACCACCUAGGAGUAAACUAUGUGGAACAUCUCACUACAGAGGACCCCCCAGUUUAUAUGAGCUUCUUUGAUUGGAUGUACGAGUCUUCUAAGAAGAAGAAGUUACAAUCAUACGACGAGUAUUGGAGGCGAUUGAACCAGUACUUUACUCUCUUCACCCGCCAUCCAAUGAGUAACCACGUUCAUCAACAAAUACGACGGUUCCUUGAACAUGUAUUCCCGGCCGAACGCGAGAUUUCAAGGCGUGCCAAGAGCAAGCAUACUCUGACAAUUGAGGAAUAUGGACUUUUCCAGAGGUAUCUGUGGAAAUAUUCCUUCUAUUUCCGCUGCGGCAACAUGCUCGUUCAGCAAUCCACAAUUAUGCUGUGGUCUUCAAUCACGGGAACUCGACCUGGCGUGCUUCUGCCGGACAACUGUAGUCCUGACGCUUCAUCUCGGAACGAUGAAGACCAGCAAAUCACUAUUGCACCGAAACCGAAGAGACGGAAGCCGAACCAAACUUUCGUUAGCGAUCUGCCGGAGUAUGUCUCCAUUGAUCCCUCCCCAAAAACCGUUUGUUGGGAGGAUAUCGAACUCUUCUACCUCAGAAAUCCAGAAGGCGGUAGAGACGUCCCGUGCGCAAUUAUUACCUUCCGGAAUUUGAAGGGCAGACCAGAAGGCUCCGACGGAACACGAUUCUUCAUGCAUUGCGACUACCUGCUGACAUAUUGCCCGAUCUUGCACAUCGUGGCGAUGGCGUUCCGCGACGGGGCCUUCGAAAACGAACGACUAACACCAGAACUUUUCUGGCGACUUCGAGUCCCGAAACACAAACUGAAACUUCCAGUUCUCCGUCGCAUGAAGCAAGCUCCUUACGGCUAUGAAGUAGACCAGUUCCUGCCGAUGAAGUACGACUCCAGUAAUAGCGCACUGAAGCAUAUCGGAGAAGGGCUAGGGUACGAGGACCUACCAACUCAUUAUAACUUUCGACGCUGGGCUGCAAACGCUGUUAAUCGUAAUUACACCGAGGCGGAGCGCAUGAGGGUCCUCGGUCAAUCUGGGAAUCGCGUUUUUGAGAAACACUAUCAAAGCGACUUCAUCGGUGGUCUCCAACAUGUUGUCUUGGUACGGCCGUCACAGACGGCUCUAUGCAAUGAAGCGCGGAAGUGUAGGAACAGAGAUCCUCUAGCGCCAAAAGCACUCAGCGGCGAGCAGCUCAAAGUCGUCCGUGGGGAUUCUCGGAUUCUCCAACUAAGACAAGAGAGAAUCGAACUAAAGAACGAGAUGCGAUUAUUAGCGGGGACCGUAGAGGCUGCUAGAGAUCUGUAUCCGGAGCUUCACCAGAAACACGACCGGGUCUGCAAGAGGAUGCAUAGCGAAAGGAAGAGACUCCUUCGGGAAGCCAAGGAGAAGAUGAGGGAGGACUACUACGAUAGCAUACCAAUAAUCGAAGUCGACAAGCAGAUCGACCAACUCCUAGAUAACCCAGGCGUAGACUCUUCGGAUGGUGAGAACGACGAUGAUGACUCGGACCCCCCGCCUCCCAAAUACGUGUUUCAGGAGCGUGCACGUCUUGUGGACGCCUUCUACGGGCCGGACGCUGACACGCUUGAUGGCGAACAGGACAUCGGCCGACGGAUCCAGGUCACAAAGGACAUGAUCGCACUUUGCGGGCUUUGGGAGCCGACCCGCCGAGGGAAGAGGUUCGACUGGAACAAGGAUAACGAAGACAUGGUUGAUAACGUCAUGAAGACAAAGCAGGAGCAGGACUCCAGUCCAUGUCUCGACGAAACGAAAUGUCCCACUGACGUUUGUAUCAUAUGCCCAAAAUUGCAUAGACGCAGGUUCCAGCGCAUGGAUUCGUUAAGACGUCACCUAAUAAAUCAACACCUGAGUCAUCUGCCUGAAGCCUUCCUAAACCAUAUUGCCACGGUCCACGAUUACGACGUUAAGAUUGGAUCCCAUUUCUUUGAGCGUUUCUGUCGCACGCAGCAAAUAGGCGGGAAUAGAAGACCUUCGACCGAGGAUUCGAGUGCAGAGUCCUUAGAAGGUUUAUCGAUCGACGGAAUAGCCCCAAGCACGACAGUGACGGCGAUGACGGAUUCUGAAUCAACACCGUCGUCGCCGCCGUAUAUAGAUAUUCUUGAAAGGAUUGACCCAAUCAUCCUGAAGGAGGGAAAUGCGGAGUCGAAAGGCUAA